CCCGUCUCCGUCUGGUUGCAUGCUGGCCCGCGCUUUGCGAUAUCUGGCCAAGGCGGUGCGCUGACUCGAACAUUACGCUCUCAGAGGACGCUUCGAAGAGCUGCCGCAGCCUGCAGGCACCCAUCGUCAUCACAGCCUCCUCACUCCCCGAGCCUACGCUGAGCCGGCUGCUGCACACCCUCAAGGUCCCGCAGGUGCGCCAGACAUCCCCGAGCACUUCCUGCUCGCUGCCGCCACCACCGCCCCCGCUGUUUCGAUGGACGGGCGCGAGCUUCGCCGAACACGCUCCGAAGGCGGUGCGCCGGGCCCGCACCCCACGCGCGUCCGCGUUUCGCAUCGUCCAGGCGCCUCCAUGUCCUCGCGGCGCGCCCCCACGCUCCCCCCGCUCGACCUGCCAGGUGAGUUGCGCAUACCGUCGCUCGGCACGCUGCACGAGGGCCCUCCGACGCGCGCGGGCUGGGACGUCCCGCUGUACAAUGAACGUGAACCAAGGCGCGAUCCCACGCCACCUCGCGCGGCAGACAAUGGCGAACAGGGCACCGGGGACCAGCCCGACGGCCUCGUAGGUAUGAUCAUGGAACUGCUGGGCUACGCAGGGCCGAACGCAAAGGCGCGGCGCGACCUCCUGUCUUUCAUUUUCUACCUCAUCUUUGGCUUCGCGCAGUUUGUGAUCAUUGUCACUUUGUUGGCUUACUCGGCUAACCACGAAAGUCCGACCAUGCCUGGGGAAACUGAGUGGAGAGCCUGUGACAGACCGCUGGGAGCAUGGAAUGCGCUUUGGCUCGUCAGGGUCGCACUUGGCUGUUUAUUAGCUUUCUGGAGCUGGCAGAAGGAGCGGGAGAAGCGGGCAAACUGGCGGGCACAAAGACGCCGGGAAGGCGAAGCGGAAAUUGCAAACCAGCGAUAUGCAAAUGGACGGCCUCACCAUGCUCGCGCUGAAGAGACUACGGCGAGGACUGCCGGUCGCUUGCCAGGUAACUCCUACGACAGUGAGGAUGGGGGGAUCGGACCCACGAGUGCGAAUUCUCAUCUCACCCCUGCCCAGUCUCCACUUCAUUCUCGCGUCUCUAUGUGCACGUCGUUCAUCUCGCUGGCAUGGUUUCUGACGGCACACAUUCUGGCGUACACGUCGCUGAACACCUGUCGAUUCGCAGCCCCUCAUCUCUGGUGGCUCACGUUCGGUAUCUUGUGCAUCCUCUACGUGAUGAUCCUCGAGAUAUUCCUGCUCGGUCUACUGGUCUUCAUCCUCGGCCCGGUUCUAUAUCUCGUUUGGAACAUCGCCCUGCUCUGUAUAGGUAGACACCCGCUUCAGAACCCGCACUACAUCAACCCCGACAUCGGGAAGCUCCCAAAGUCGAUCGUGCAGCAGAUCCCCCUCGUGCUGUACAUCCCACCCCCGCCCGGCGAAUCCACAGACGGCAGCACCCCAAUCGCCAUUCCCCCCGCAACGCACCAGUACCCGCCCAAAAGCCCCACAACGAAGAAGUCCGCGCCCGCGGGCGCGCAGCCCAAACGCCGCUUCCUCUUCUUCCGGCGCAAAGGCGCGGCGAAGCGCAAGACGCGCUCAUCCCCCGCGCACGACCUCGAGAAAGGCGGAGCAGGCAAGAACGCCGCAGAGCCAGAUGAUGACGACGUGGACGUGCCGUGGGACGAGAUGUGGGAGGAGAGCGAGUACCCGUUCGUGCGCCUCGAGGGCAACCGCGCGGUGUGCGCGAUCUGCCUCAUGGACUUCGAGGAGCCGCGGCGGGUGCGCGGGCCGGGCGCCGUUAAGGCCGAUGGCAGCACACCCGCCGCGGCGAAUUCGCCGGCCACCCCAAGUGCGGGCGCGGGGACGCAGGAGGUGCAGGUGGAGGAGGUGACGGAGGAGGAGCGGGACGCGCUGCACCUGGACGACGCGGGUGAGGGCGCGCAGCCGCUCCGGCUGCUGAUGUGUGGGCAUGCCUUCCACCAAACGUGUGUGGACCCUUGGUUGACAGACGUGUCGGGGCGGUGCCCGACAUGUCAGCGGCCCGUCGAGAUCUCCAAGCCGUCCAAGAAGGACAAGAGGCGGGGCGGACGGACACAGCCUGGUCCUAGAUGAUCUCCUUGUCCUUGCUCCCCCCGCUCAGGCUGCCCCUGUAUUUUUCGUUCCUUUGCUGAUUCCUAUGGACUGCUGCUGACUACAAUUUUCUGAUUACUCUCUGCUACUCAUGAUCACGAUACGAUACGUUCACGCCGAUCGAAUGUCUGCUCAUGUAUCUACUGCUGUCCAUCUCCCCGCUCGUGU